UAUGUCAAAAUCGUAGAACGAGGCAACAAAGCGAAGAAACCAAAAUAUUCUUUUCUCUCUGCUUGUUUUGUUGCGUUUAACGAAAUUAUACACCCGAAAGUGUGCCACAUUUGUUACCGGGAAACAAUGGUUAAGAAAUUACAGACCGGCAGCAAAUAAACCCAUUACUAAACAGUGAAAUCGGAAAGGAAAACCCGUGCAUAACAAUGGAUGAAACAGCAGAGGAGGUGAAGCAGCCAAAAACGCAAGAAGAAAUUCUUGCAGCACGACGUGAAGCGCGGCGAAAGAAGAUUUUGGAAAACUCCAGCAACAGACUGUCGAAAAUUGUAGGCCAAGAAAUAUCUCCCCCUGCACCGAAGCUGAACGAUACGGAAGAAAGUAUCACUACCACAGGAGAGGACAAUUUCAGUAAUGAAAGUUUCCCCGCAGAUGAUGAAACCACCUCGGAUUCUUCGUAUGGUGUUUAUCCUGACCCGAUGGAUGAACGGCUGGAGUACAUCAGCCCACAGGUUGAAGCACUUCUGGCGAAUUCAGGAUUAAAUGAUGAUUCUUUUCUGAAUGCGAUGACAGCCGGUGCUGCUGGGUUUGGCGGCAAUAGCCAAAAUGGGGAUAUUUUCCAACUGCUAAACACACUCAACCAAGCACAAACUAAUGGAGGACUAUUUGGUGCUGGCUUGGGAAACACAACUACAUCGCAGCGAUCAUCCGCCACCAGCCAACCUACCUCAUCCGCACGCAGCAAUUCGUGGUAUGCACGAGUUUUUCGCAGCAAAAUUCAUCUUGUAGUUGCAUCGAUCGUCGCCUAUCUGUUAUUCGCUACCGGGAAUGAGUCGUACAUCGGUAGCAACGUAUUCCUACCAUUGCUAGCUUGGGAAUUGGUUGAGCUGCUAACGUUUGGCACAACAGAACCGGCCAGCGGUCAGAAGCUGCUUGGCAUCGUCUUUAUGCUUGGUGGCGUGCCGAUGAAAACAUCCCAAACCAUCAUGAAAUUGAUGAACACGUUCAACAAGGUGCUAAAAGAUGUUGCUUUCUUUAUGUUCUUUUUCGUACUUGCCCACUUGCUGUGGAGUACGCUGUGGUUGGAUAUUGAUCUAAGGUACGUGCUGGGUUACGAUCAGCUUGUAACACCUUCGUAGUGAUGCUGACCAGAGUGGUGUACGUUAUUCGGUUACUUUUCAUUUGGACUAGUUUCAGAGUUAGCAGAAAAAAGCUAGGCUUCGGGAAGGGAAUAAACUACUUUCAUAUUUCA